AUGGGAUGCGGCAUGGUCCCUAUGAUGUUUCCUGGUGUUCAUCAGUACAUGCCACCUAUGGGGAUGGGAAUGGGAAUGGGAAUGGGCAUGGAUAUGGGCAUGAACCUACCAAUGGUGCCGUUUCCCACUGUUCUACCGAGUUCAGCGCUGCCAACCCCAGCUGGAUCAGCUCAUUUGGGUCCAAGGUUCCCUAUUCCAGCCUUUCAUAUGCCACCUUUUCCUGUACUUGAUGCAUCCAGGAUCCAAGCAACUAAUCAGCCAAGUCUUGCGUCACUUGCUUCUCAGAAUGCCAACCACCCACAGAUUCCAAAUUUUGCGGACCCAUAUCAACAGUAUCUUGGUUUCCACCAGACACAAGUAUCACAUCCUCAGAAUCAAGCAGUUGUGCAUCCUGGUAACAUUAGACCCAGUUGCAGCAAAGAUGCUGGGAACUCUGAAAAUCACCAAUCUGGUUGA